UCAGAUGUUUAAUGAUUAGCCUAACUCAUUGUUUAUCUAAGUGGCAAUUACCACCGCAAUGAAAUAGUAUUUUAACUGCAGGGGGAGCAUUACGGCUAGUUCUCAAGUAGAAUCUACUGUCUGGGAAUGGCCAACAGAGCUUCCCAUACACAGAGGAGAGGACCACUUCAUCCUGGCUGGCAGAUCUCCAUGCCUGAGAUGCCAUCAUUAGAUGCUGCUCCAAAGACCUAAGGAAAUGUGCCCCGGAGAAGUGUACGGUCCCAAUCCUCUCAACUGAGGCUCAAUGGCACAGCAAAAUAUGAAAGUGCGGCCUGUGCUUCUAAAGCGUAACAGCCUAGAGUCAGUGGAGUUUGUGAAGGAACCCCACCACCGCAGGAGCAAAUCUCAACAGGUUCGAUUCAAGGAAGAUGGGACCAGUAAGACUCCACCUGGCCUAGCUGAGGCUGAUGUCCAGACUUCUGAGGACCCAGGUGCGAUGGGCAAGACUCAAGCCUCCAGGCACCAUCACCUUCCCACCUACUCACUCUCCUUCCCCAGGUCCCAGAAGGCAGGGGGCUUUCGGAACAUUGCGAUCCAAACCUCCCCCAGUCUCAGGAAGCAUUUCCCAGUUUUCAAAAGGAAGAGACUCACAGCCAGCAAGUCCCUGGUAGAAAUGCCAACAGCAUCCCAAAGUGCCAUCCAGGUCAACGGCAACCUCUCUGAACAGGACAUUGUGUCCUCUGACCUUGCCUACUUAAGAUUGGCUCAGCAUCUUGAGGAUGGGCCUCGAAGGGUCAAAGUGUCUCAUCCAUUUCCUCCUAGAAUGUCCAAGGUGCAAAGCAAUGGGCCUAUUAGCAUAUGCUUGGAAGCAGGGGCUUGGAGGGCCUCAGAGAAAGCAACUGCUGCCAUUCAGGUCCCCGAUGAUAUUUACCACAGUCCUACCUGGGCAGCUAGAAAGUCCACUUUCAGCCCAGACAGGUCAGGUGAUAUAAGCAACUCCAUACAUCCUUUGGUUGACAUAUGUCCAGGUGAUGGGAGAACAGUGCCACUAUCAGAUUCAGAAAGAUCCCCUUCCUGCUUAAAUGCCACCAGCGAUGCCAGCCACAUGCCAGGCACAGGGAAACUUAAACCCGAAUUGCUUUUGCCCAAAGACAACUCUGAUGACAAAGACCUUGGACCAUUGUCAUCUCGGUCAAAGGAAACAUGUGUUCCCUCACCUCCACGGACUCACCGCUCCCCCUCACCAGGCUCCCACAGCCAGCCAGCCCAUCCAGGAGGGGCUUCAGACUAUUCUUCAUCGAGCAACAAUCACCAGGAUCUGCUGUCACUCAAAACUAGCAGUGUGUCAAAAUCUGUCCCCAUGUGUCAGGAGCAGAUGGCAAAGAACCCCACCCAGUCAGACACCCAGGACUUUCCAAAUUGUUCAGGAAACAGUCACCUCCCAGCUCCUCUUCCAAGGAGGGAGACCACACUGCAGAGCAGCAGAGAGACUGGUGGGAUUAAUCCAAUUCACCUGGCACGGGGGGAGCUCUGUGAUCUCCAAGGCAGGCUGCAGUCCGUGGAGGAAUCUCUGCAUUCGAACCAAGAGAAAAUUAAAGUCCUUUUGAAUGUAAUCCAAGACUUGGAGAAAGCUCGAGCUCUCACAGAAGGGCGCAACUUUUAUCGAACUGGCCAAGAUCUCAACAACUGCAGUACCUGCCAGAAUACAGCGUGCAUCAUAUACAGUGUAGAAUAUGAUUUUCGACAGCAGGAAGGCAGGUUCCAUGAAGUUCUACAGAGUCUGGAGGAAGCAGAACCAGUUGAGGAGGCAUCUCCCCCACCAAAGUCCCCAGCAGAGCCUCCAGUCCCUGAGAAACAGGACUUAAGGAGGAAAACCAAGAAAGUGAAGAAGAAAUGCUUCUGGUGGAUCUGAGCUUGUUGGGUCCAUUCCCUUUGUCCUCCCCAAGUACCUCCCCAAGGGCCUGGUUGUCCAUUCUUGAACGGAGAUGUAAACACCUACUCUACCUACUUUGUAAGCUCUGUGCACAUUCCAACAUCAAAAUGAGCAGAACGACCCAGAGCUGAGUUGGAUCAUUUGCCAAAGUUACCCUGGAACGAUGAAGAGGUGUCUGAGGUAACUCACACAAAAGGAUAAUCCAACUCUUGAAUGAUGAAUCUCACCUUGUCAUACACUUGUAUUGAGUGAGGGGCCUGAGAUAAAGCCUCAACUGAAUUAAAUGAAACUGGGGUUGGAAAAUUUUGA